AUGAGUGCACCGACAAACGCUUCCGGAAGACUUGCUUUGCCUGCUGUGCUGAUCCAGUAUGCAGAUGGAACAAGUCAGAACCUAAUAAUCGAGGUCGGGCCUGCCAAUGACAGUGCUCCUGAUAAUGAACCAAAUCCUAGCCCAUCGGCUCCGACAUCUGUGCAGGAGCCAGUUUCUUCCACGUUGAGUGCAGGAUCACCAACAUCAAGCUCAGGUAUUCGCGGGCUGGACUAUCCGGCUUUUGAUGUUUCAAAUGAAGGUGUCUAUAGAGAACAACAUAUUGCCAACGAUUUGCUCGACAGUCUGAUUGCUCCUAUUUACAGAACUCUUGGGGAUACAGACUCAGCUCAUCAGCAGUCGAACAACGUCAGUGUGCCAUUUUACAGGAAUUUGGCCCCCACUAUCGAACCUUCCCGGAACAUCAUUCUUACUGUCAACUACAUUUACGGACAGCCAAAUCCAAUGCAACCCUCGGAGACUAACAACAAUCUUUCUGGUUCUUUGAUCCUUCAUGUUCCAAAUAUCAACGAUAAUGAUGACGAGAAUUUGCAAGUCUUAAUUCGAUUGGCGACAACUAUUGCGCUAAGAACCAUUGCCACUUCGGUUAAAAAGGCGUCUGGAAUUUCGAAGCAAAUUUUCGAUAAGCUGGAGGUCAAGAAGGUUUCCGAGCUUGCUGAUCAACAAUGUGCUAUUUGUUACGAAAGCUAUGAAGACCAGGAGUCAGUGGGGAAGACUCAGAUUGGGCAGAAACGAAAACGAGGUCAGGACGAAGAGGAAGAGUCUAAUGAGCAUCAACCCAAGAAAUUACGCAAAAUGGAAAAUGAAACGAAGCCACGUCCUCUUUCGUCAAAGCUGACCCAGAAAGAUGUGGAAUACACACAUGUCCCGGUGGAGAUGCCCUGUGGACACAUUUUUGGCAGGUCAUGUCUUCGCGAAUGGCUUAAGACAAAUAAUAGUUGUCCGUUGUGCCGCCAUAGUAUUCGCAAUGAGAAUGAUGCUUCAUCCAGUCGCCCUCGAGAUUCGGAGAACGAGACUACCAUAGUGCUGCCCAACCUGGCCAGGGUCAUCAGCGAAAGCAGAGCCAUGUUUGACGAUUUCAAUUCUAGAAAUCUCACAUUCACCAUGCCAGACCAAGAAGCCACAGAGACCUCCGGAGCCGUUGCGGUUCCUGUUGCGGAAACGUCUCAAACACCUCCGCCUUCUAAUACCAACAACCACGCAAGUGUUCUCGGACUGGUGCGAGGUCUUCUUCAAAACCUGAAUGGCCGCUUGCGCAAUCCUAUCAGAGUUUCAGAUGAUGAACAGUCCAGUCUGGUCAAUCGUCAAACUUUACACAGACUGCCGCCAAUAAUAAGAUCAAGCCCUACAGGUUCUAUGGCCGGACACAACUCGUUCUUGUCAAGAAGAAGACGGGUUAUUCAGCCAAGAAGAGUUUUAAGGUCUACAGGAUUGGCUUCCAGGGAGUUUGUCAAUAGGGAUCCGCUAUUCCCUGUUGGUGUUGCUAGUCAACGGACUGAGGACGGCGUGAAUACCACCACUCUUUCUUCCAACCAGUCCCAACAAGAUGACCAAUCCACUAAUGAGCGAGAUACCGAGACUUGA